UGGAUGACUCCAUUUGAACCUAUAGAUGCAUGAACAAAUGUCCGCUUGGUCUACCUAUAUCAUAAGCAUCAUAUCCAGCUCUCUAGAUAUAGCGGGCUUUUGCUUAACCUUCCGACAGUUUCACCUGCACCUUCCAGAGCACAUCUCCUCCCAUCCCGCCACCGUGAAGGCAGUCGCCAGCGGAGGGAGAGCGGCAACCGUCCUCAGUUUGUUCUUCUACUCUCCGCUUACCACUCAGCCAGCUCCAUUCCUCCGCUAAUAUCCCAGCACUAUCUCUAUACGGCGAUGCCCAGGAAACGCAGACCACAAUACGCCCAGACGAAGCCAACAUACGUUCAUCCUUCACUCCAGCGCUCAGCGUCCCCGAGCUCAUCCACCAAUGAAUCCACAAACGAACCGACCGUCAACCAACUCAUUCACCAACUACGCCGAGAACAAGCGCCUGGUACAACGGUACAAAAGAGGGAUGAGGUCACGGACAUUGUCAGUCAGCGUACCGUCCCGCCCCAUUUGCGACGUAUCCUACAGCUACCAGAGGUUGAGCCUCUGCCACCAAAGCCAGGUGGUCGCUCGCGCACCCCACGUUCAGGACCGCGACCGCCGCCAGGUCCCGCUCCACCUACCAGUUGGCUGGCGGGUUUGCAUAUAAGCGGAGGUGACCCAGAAGGUCCACUCGAUAUGAAUAGGCCCGGACUGGCAAAGCAGCGGCAGCUGUGCCUGCUGGCAAAACUGCACUACGACGAGUUCAAGAGGUUUCCGCGUCCCCAUAGUCUUACCGACAUGGCAAUGAAAGGCUUUAUAGAGCAUUGGGAGCAGUUGAUGUUCGAAGAAUACUACAACAUCGGCGAGCUGCAAACCCAUCUGAAAGAGGCUCUUUUGAGCUAUGCGACAAUGUACGGCUCCAGAGGCUGUGUCGAUCUUCAGUCGCUUCAGGCAUUGUUCGGCAGGUCGAGGCUCGAAGGGGAGUAUGUACAGCAUGCCGAUGACAUAGCUUUCAUGGACCUCACCGGACUGCUUGACGCAAAUACUUUGUGGUAUCUCUGCAAGUUCCUGCUUGGUCCGGCGAUCUCCCAUUCGCCAAAUGUGCCUCCCGGGGACACUUUGCUGGCCCCAGCCAAAGGGAAGGAGAAGGCUACCACGGAUGUCCCUGACUCAUGGGAAGACGAGCAGAUUCCAACCAGUCCUCAUCUGUCAAGAGCAAAGUUGACCAGUCCACCGUUCCCGCACCUCACUCGCCUUGCACUUGGGCAUCCCGGCGCAGGGGCCUCCUGGGCCAAACUCAUAACGAUCACGGAUGAUCUUAGGGGUUUAACGCAUUUGUCGCUGGCUUAUUGGCCCCUUCCGGCGUAUCCAUGGCGUACUGACGAUGUCGGCUUCCGCGACUUUUCCGACGACGAGAUGAACGAUGCAAGCAUCACUCUAUCACAAUUAGCUCGGGAUACGCGUGGUCUCAAAUGGCUUGACCUGGAAGGCUGCAGCUGGCUCCAAGCUCUUAUAUGGGAACAGAAAUCCACCGAUGAUGGUCCUGCGCAUGGCUCUGGCGAUUGGGCCAUGUACACGCCAUGGAGAAAUAUCUGCGAAGCGUAUUGGGACCAGCUAGAAUACAUCAACAUGUUCGCGGGAUGGGUGCCGUCGAGCCGGUCAAUCAUCGCACGGCCGUCGGGACACCGCCAGAUGCGCGUUCUGCAAUGGUUGCGGACCCAAGGCCGCAAGGAGGAGCACAAGCACAAGGUUCGCGAAGAUCCUAGACCCUGGCAAGUGGUGCAGUGGUUCCAGCGGGAUGAGAUGGCGCAGAUGGUUGCUAGGUCAAUCAAGGAGAGCGCGUCGGCUAGAAACCGAGUAUGUAUAUGUGAUAACGGGCUCUCGAUCACUUAG